AUGACCAAUUUUUGUUCAGAUCCACUCCCCGAGGAAUUCCGGAGCGACCCGAAGUUCGCCGCGAACACUCAAUCACCCACCGGAGUCGUCGUAGCCAGCGAUAAUCGCACCACAUGUAAAUAUUUCAGGAUGAGAUUUAAAUUUGCAAACCUAGAGUCUCUUCCCGAAGAUUUGUUAUUGGAUAUCCUUGCUCGUCUCCCCGCUCAUGUUAUUCGAGACCCUGUAAGUCUUGUUUGCCCCAAGUGGUACCAUUUGACCCGUACUCGUGACUUCAUUCACGCGCACUUUCAGCGUGCGACCUCCGGGCUCCUCUUGUACUCUGCGAUGUUCCCUAAAGAACUGAUUUUUAUCUCCAUGAAGGAGGGCCGGGUCGAGAAAUUCAGGUCCCGGAAUGAAUAUGGCUGCAGGAUUUGGUCCAGCUGUAAUGGUCUGGCUUUUGGGAGCUGCUCGUGUUAUAGCAAGUCUAGAUUGUGCAUCCUGAAUCCUGCAACCAACCAACACUAUGACCUCCCCCCUUAUAUCCACAGUUCUUCUAUGAAGUUUUAUUCUUGUUUAGCAUAUGCGGUGGCCUCUAAGGAGUACAAAGUGGUCUUAUGUCAUUGUCUGGGAGGACGUGGUGGUGUACGGACUUAUGGCUGCGACAUAUUAACUGUUGGGGUCGAUACCUCUUGGAGGCACGUGCGCAUCCAACACUUGUCUGAAACGAGCAGGAGAUUGCUGUGCGACAAAAUUCCAUUGACAACCGAAGGUUUUGUGCAUUGGGUCGCAGAUAGGAUUGUGACUGUGUUGACUAUGAAUGUGGAGACUGAAACUAUAUCCGAGUCGCUGGUCCCACUUCCUCGAGCUCAUAGAGGGAAAAGGAUGUUUUAUCUGUCGACUGGUAGGUAUCUAACUGUAUUGGUCCCCCUUGGGAAUUUCUCGUGGGAUGUUUGGCAGAUGGAAUCAGAAACUGGGGAGUGGGUCAAGGUAAUCAGCAUUGAUUUGGAGGAUGAAAAGUGGAGGUUCGACCAGUUUCUACAACAUCGAAAUGAAAAUCUCGUUCUACAUGAAGAUAUGAUGUUCUUUCCUGACGGUUGGCUAGAUUACCCAGAUGUGCUCGUAUUUCAUUCUGCGCCCAGAAAUCGCAGGUGCUUCGCGUACAAGGUUCGUACGCGCGAAAUAUCGUUCGAGUUAUCAACACUAACAUUGGGUGGAUCUUAUAUCUUUAGAUUCCACAAGAGUACUCUGUUGUCGGUCGGCUGA